AUGAGCCUGACAACCCCGGUCCGGCGCAGCUCUCCUCGACGGGUAUCGCUCGAGGACAACACUCCCAGUCAUGAGCGAGUAGCUCAAGGUCCGAGUCCACGCCCCUCGCAGUACCAGAGGCGUAGUCCGCGUCUUCAACAUCAGCGUGAAGUGGGUUCCUCACCGUACCAGAGGCAAAGCCCGCGUCUUGAGCAACAGCGCGAGGCGCUCUCUUCGCAUGAUCCGUUGAUCAAGCUCUCGGUCGAUGUACGGUUGAAGAACGCUGUCAACCAGCGUCUGACGUCGGAAUUGCGGGUGGGCACGCACGCGGUUCAAAGUGACACAUGGGAUGAGGUGAAAACCAUGCUUUGGGACAUCAUCCAGCGCGAUUUGAGCCACUAG